GAAAACACGAUCUCUAGGUCUUGUUCAUCCGUGUUUCGGAUCUAGUGGUCGGAAAUUCGAAUGGAUCAAAGAACAGGUGAUCCAAGAAUAUACAUCGUCACUCUUCUCUUUCUUUCAUGUAUCCUCACAGGAGGAGUCCUUCUUGGACUUUACCUCAUCCAACAUGAUCCAAAUCCUCUGUUUCUAGAAGCGGGUAUGUUCUUCGUUGGUAUCCCUUGGGUCUUCUGGUUCUUGGCUUACCUCUACUCUUGCCUCCUCAAGCCUUGCAUCAUCUUCUGCCUAAGCAAAAGCGUUUCAACUUUCGAUGAUCCUGAGAAAGGCAAAGACGAGGAGGAGAAGAACAACAAAAGCAUCACGGAAAUCGCCAUGUCAGAUUCACAUCCCGUGGCUGCGGUGGAGGUGGAGCCGAGGAGUUCGCCUGGGGACGGUGAGAAGCACGUGCAGUUUGGUAAUGUGGUGGUUCUUGGAGAUGAAGGAAGAGGAAAACCAGAGGAGGAGGAUCGAAAUGAGAGAAGUACUAAUAAACUGAUUCCGGAUCAUAUGAGAAUGGGGGAUGAAGAUAAUCAAGAACAUGGUAUGUUGAAUUCAAGAAGCGAUGAUGAUGAUAAAACUCCGUUGAGAUUAUCCGUGGGGAACAAAUGA